AAGCGCCGCUGUGCUAACCAUUUAGAUCGCUCUAUGAUAUAAAUAACUAGCUGCUGCCUGGAGGCAUAUUUUCAAGCUAUUAGUUAGUUACUGUUAAAUCAACAUCAGGUAAGGACGGGACAUUUUCAAAGACGCAAUGGCAGAUGUAUCUACAACAACAUACCGGCCAACCUUUUCAAGAGAGCAGUUGGUUGAGUACUUUAGCCGGCUCUAUCAAUGCAAGUCUGACGAUGGAGAAAAGAGGUUGAAAGACAUCGAACUUCUGGUAAUUUCCGAUCCUCGAGAGGCCCUGUUCACUCUCCAGCGUCGGCAUUUGACAACGUUCCCGUUCUCAAACUUGGUCCUACAUUACUCUCAGCACCAUUCAAUAUCGCUCGAUCCAGAUGUUCUAUACCAUAAGAUAGUGGAAAGAGGGCUUGGUGGUUACUGUGUGGAAAAUACCGGGCUCUUUUCAAUCGUGCUUCGGACCCUUGGAUUCAAGUUCUACCCUGGAGGAGCAAGGGUUUCAAAGAGUCUAGUUCCUGGGCCUGCGAAUGCUGAAUUCCAUGGAUUUGGCCAUCAGGUAUUGAUAGUUACUAUAGACGAUGUCAAGUACAUGGUGGAUGUUGGAUUUGGGCCUCAAGGACCUACGCAGCCUUUGCUGCUGAAAGAAGGGCAACCAGUUCUACCUGGUGUUGUCCAGAUGAGCUUGAUUCGAAAGAAUCUGAGCAUAAACACUGAUCCAGACCAGCGGCCAUGGCUAUAUCGAUUCCGCGAGGACUCUGACAGCGAGUGGGUGAUGGCCUAUUGUUUCUACGAAAUCGAGUUCACGCCUGAAGACUAUGAGAUCAUGAAUUAUUGGACUAGCGUGCAUCCAGCAAGUGGCUUUACCCAAGGGAUCAUCUUUACAAGAUUCACCCUCAACGAAGCAGACGAUCGUAUCGACGGGGCCUUGAUGCUCCUUAAGAACAUAGUCAAGAGAAACCAGAAGGGGAACGUUGAAAUUCUGAAAACCCUAGAAAGCGAGGAGAAACGCGUUGCUGCGCUGAAAAAUAUCUUUAAUGUACAUCUCCUGCCGAUGGAGAUCCGCGGCAUUCGCGGAAGGAGCACCGAGAUCAAGCAGGUUUCCGAUGAUUGAACGAUGAUGGAUGUAUGUCAUAGAUAAUUCCCGGAAUUAUGAUAGACCUUUGAACAGACAUAUAAAUAAAUUAGUUGAUUCUUGGCUCUAGCUAUAUUGAGAUGGGCUAUUAGCGCUUCUGAUAAUAUUUGGUGGAAUCGGUGGGGUAUCAUAAUGCAUCUGAGCAUACCUUCCAUGGGUUGCUAUAUGCGAAGCCUGGGGGUGCGGCGUGAUUGCUUGUCUGUCCUCUUCUCUGGCCUGUAAGCCGUAGAUCUCGUUCCAUCACUGGAGAAUUGAGCAAUUAUGUCAGUAAUCGAAUUGUUGUAGGCGGUCUGAAACGUAACAGGUU